AUGGCGCAAGAUUCAAGAAUAAGGCUCAUCAAAGUUUGGGUCCAAAGUGCCAAAACUCACGCAAACUUGCCAUGGUCUUCUGGGGAGCGGCUUUCGGCACCAGCUCAUGCCGCAGCGGUGACUGAUGCAAUGUUGGAGGUUGGAUUCACCUCCAGGGACAAUCCAGAAGAGCCCGGCUGGACUGCUGUGGUAGAUAAGCAGUGGGUUCUUCAUGCUGCUGUUGCUGUUUCAGCAACGGCCUUUUUGCGUACCGCUUAUGUCAGCCUCUGGCCUUUUGUCAAGUCCAACCAUGACCCGGUUUCUUGGGCGCGCGGCCUCCAGUGA